UUCCUUAAGGUGAAAGGAAGCUGAAUAUUCUACAGGCAUAACUAAGUGUUUAAACAACCUCUUCAGAAAUGGAUUGUGGAAUUAUAACAUCUAAAUCCGUCCUUUUGCUUCUGAGCGUAAUAUUUUGGGCCGCAGGAUGUGGACUUGCCUAUGUUGGAGCUUAUGUCAUUAAGAGUUACAACAACUUUGAGCACUUCAUGGAAGAUAAGUACACUCUCAUCCCUGCAGUUAUUAUCAUUGGAGCGGCUGUGGUCUUGUUCAUCAUUGGGACAAUUGGCUGCUGCUCUACGCUGAGGGAGUCCACGCUUGGCUUGAGUUUUUUCAUGAUUGUCAUCCUGCUCAUCUUUGCUGCCGAAGUCGCUGCUUUCGUGUUCGGCUUUAUCUACAGGGGAAAGAUAAAUGGUAGUUUGGAACGCUCAAUGAAUGACACCUUCAGUAAGUAUGAUGGGAAAAACUCUGAAAGCAGAGCAGUGGAUUUCUUGCAAUCUCAGUUGCAUUGCUGCGGCGUGAGGAACUACACAGACUGGUUUGCUACGCCGUGGUACAGCUCCAACAAUAGCACUGUUCCCCAAUCCUGCUGUAAAUCCAAUGCCACUGGAUGCACUGGACGAAUUGACCAGCCAGCGUUGUUGAACACUGAGGGAUGUGAGACCAAACUUGAGAAGCUUUUCCAGGAUGUUCUGAGCUACGCCAUGCUGGUGGUCUUGGGCUUUGCCAUUGUCAAGCUUUUUGGGAUGCUCAGCAUUUGUGUUAUCACCUGUAGAAGCAGAAGAAAUGACUACCAGCCUUUAUAUGCAUGAUGGCCUAAAUGAAAGAUUGAUGAAUCAGCUCCUGAAGUUUCUGCACUCCACUGUAGCACAAUGCUAACUUCACUAGCGUUUGUGCAAGCUGUGACCUAAGUCUUCUUGUAGCCAUCUUAAGGAUUAACAGUCCAGCACACAACCUUUUUUUUUUUUUUUUGUCUUGAUUUUUUUGAUUGCUCAUAUGCUAAACCUGCACUACAAAACUUUGUGGAAAUUAACUGAUAAUAUUUUCAGCUCUGACUUUUAGAUCUACUCUUUUAGAUUAUCCCUUUACUUAUUAAAUCACAAAAAAUCUAUAUCUUUUGUUCACUAAAAUAUCAAUUUGGCAAACCAUUAUUGCUAGCUUUAUAAGUCGUAUACAAACUGAUGAACUAUUUUUUGUGUGUGAUUAGCACAUAUGAUUGGCCAGUGAAUGGUGAGAGUACAUUAUAUGUGGCUAUUUUUGAGCCGUCUGUGGUCUAAAUGACAAAAUACAUACAUUUGGGUUGUUGAAAAUAGUGUUAGAAAUUGCUGUAGUAAUUGGGGUCCUCUGGUGUACCACUUUAAUUCACACAUCAUGUGUACUAACUGUAAAAUACACAAGAGGGCACUCUAAUGACAACUUCAUAAAGGCUUACUUUACCUGUUUGUUGCUGUUUGUCAUUUUAUACAGAUCACUUACUUGUGUAGUUAGACUCACAGAAAUAUGCCUUCAAAGAGGUUUUUAAUGCAUUUUUAAAAUAUGGUAUCUAAAUAGGAAACGUCUUGAGUGAGUUACGGCAAAAAGAAAAGACACUCAGCAGGAAAGAGACAGAUAAACAGAGUACUAUAAGAUGCUCCUCAAACCUAACAAUAUUUCAGCCUUACCCUUUGAAAUCCUUAAGAUCUCUGUUUUUCCUCCAAUGACAUACGCUACCGACCCCCCCCCCCCCCCCCCUCCAGUUACAUAUACUAACAAUUUUGUAUCGCUGGCCAAGGAGUUGACACAUUUGAAAUUGUUCUGUGUUUAGAGGGCAAGGAGGGGAUCAGCAUAUUUGGAUUUAAGAACCAGCUGAACUGGUUUUAUCAGGUGUUGUAAUACAUUGCUUUUGAACUCCUGCGUUGUGACCCAACAGGACUGCACAUUUCUGUUAGCGUUAGCCCACCUGAUUCAACAUGCUACUUGGAAAAGGAAGCUUUGCUAAGUCGAAUCUGGUGUGUUGGUGCUGGGAUAUAUGAACGAAAUAUGCUUUCCUGUGAGUCUCAAGGACUGAGUUUAAAAUAUCUGUUGCAGUGAAUAGUUUGAAUGAUUACCUCCUGCAAAUAUGGUCUUCAAAAACCAUUGGAAAAUCACUGUGUCAACAUUAUGUCAACAUGCUGUUUAAAGUGGGCGAGUGUUGCAUUCAUGAUUCAUUGUUGCUAUUGUUCAUUUAUUAUCAUUUGCCUGGAAUAUGAUAUGCCUGGAUUUAUGAUAAAUGAUAGCUCAAUACAUUGUUACUUUGAAUGUUUGUAAUCCUAAAUGAAGGCAUAAUAUCUUGA